AUGUCUUCCUCCAAUAAGUCACUCGAGGCACUUAUCGCACAAUAUGCCAGCAUAUCCAAGACAGCAUUUAGGGCGACUGCUGGUGUUUUCUACGGCAUCGCAGUACUCUCGGUCCUAGCUAGGGGUGUAAUACGCUUCACGACCCGUCGAAAUCUUGCACUCGACGACUACCUCUUGUUUGCAGCGUUCGCCUUUCUCACCACCGUGACGGCCUUGUGCUGGUCACCCACCAAAAAUACACUAUAUGUCUCUAUGACUGGCCUCGUAACAGGCCUAGACGCACUCACCGAUAUACUGAUCGUGAGCAUCCCCAUUAUCGUCCUCUAUCGCGCACGGAUGCGCACUUCGCAGAAGAUCAGUCUCGGCAUAUUUUUAUGCCUUUCUCUCGUGAUGGUGUGCCUAGCUAUCAUUCGAGCAAGCAAAGUCCAUGGAGCUGUUUCCAUUGAUGUGGUCUGGGUGUUCUUCUGGCAGUACAUGGAGACUGUGGUCGCUGUGAUAAUGGGCUCACUCACCGUCGUGCGCAACCUCCUUGUCCACCAGACCAAAAGUAACCAUAAUUCACCGGCAGCACCUGGCGGUUCUGGAGGCCGAAAUCCACGAGCCGCCUACCGGAUGGGGUUGCUGCGCAGGCACAAGGAGAAAAAUAUCGACAAUUCCACGCGAGGUCUGCCUGAGGUGCCGGCGCCUACUCUGUCGGGUCUGCGGACAUUUAUCAGACGCAAUAACCGUGAUCCCGGCCUCGACACUCAAGCAACACAGGCAUCGACUCUGGUACAAGAUGAAACUUACUACAUGGCCCCUAGCAUUGAGCAGUCGAGGAUCGACCCCGAGGAACAAGGAUGGGAGCAUCAUCAACACAUUUACCAGACCCCGCCUCGAACACGUGCCCGAGUAUGGGGCUCGCUGCAAGGAGACUCGACAAUUCAACCGUCCAUGACAACCACUUGUACCAGUACUACCUUGAACGAUCGGGACCACUAUUAG